AUGCUGGACGUACUGAAUCGACGUAAUAAUGAUCGUAAGCUUGUGGAAACAACUGUUUUUGCAACAGUCCUCUUCAUCAUUCUUGCCAGUCGCAUAAAGCGUCGUGUUGCUUAUAUUAACUUAUUAUUCCUUGCCACUGUAUUUACUACACUGUGUUGGUACUCAUUUCGAGUAUCAGUAGCAGUUUGGUCAUUACCCGUACUGCUGUACAGUCGAUUUUUUGAUGGAACCGAUCAAAGGUAUCAUUUGCUGCAGUUUUGGGUAAUUUGUGUUUGUGCAACACUUCUCUUCUGUUUCAUCGUCAAUCAUUCAUCACACAGUACAACGGUGCAUCGAAAAUUUUUCCACUUGACUGUUUCGCUUGUUUGCGUUACUGGCAUACAAUAUGAUUUUGAACUAAUUUGGCUUUCUGCUUGGCUGAUGCUUUGUGUUUUUGCUAUUGUUGAGGCAAGUUCUGAGAUCUUGAAGUUUGUUCAUUUUGUUUUUUUUUUUCAAAGAUCUCUUAAUGUGUGCAGUUGCAAUCAUGCAAGGGUCAAAGCACACUGCCCCAUUGGUUGGCUGCUACUAAACUCCACGCACCAAUUCGUGGUACCUGCAAGAAAGUAAAC